ACCGUAUUAGGCCUGAUUGUAUAAGCUUAUACAAUACGUUAUGGGCUUAUCAGAUGUUUGGUGGUUACAUUGUAUUUGAUAACUUUAUCCAUCAAGCCCUUCUAAUACAUCAAAAUGAUGUAUAAUUUAAUCCAUCACCUAAAGGGAGGAUAAGACCUGAUAAGUUUUGAUGUAUUAGCAACUUAAAAAUAUUCCAACCCUAACCUCAUUCAUCUAUCGCUCAUCACGUUCGACGUUUUUUUGCAGUCACGUUCCUGCACCCCAUCUUCUUCAUCCUUCCACCUUCCUUUUCUUCCUCCUCCAUUGUCAAGGGAUGAAGUUAGGGAGGAAUUUCGAAUGGUUUUGGAGGAACAAAGCAGGUAAAAUGGAUCCAAAUAAAGGUUAUGAUCCAAGUCAAUGGUUAAAUGACCCUAAUGAGUGGCUUCAUAGUGUAAGUGAGCUUCUCAAUGCCUUGUCAACUUGCUUGGUAAUGGAACAAGACAUGCAAGUGAGCUUCAUAGUGUAAGUGAGCUUCUCAAUGCUCACGAGACAUGCAAUUUAUAUAUGUGCUACCGGGUUGGGAGGGUUCAGCUUCAGAUGCUAGGGUGUUGCGUGAUGCAAUUAAUAGGAGAAAUGGUCUUAAAGUUCCUACAGGAAACUACUACUUGGUAGAUGGUGGGUAUACAAAUGGAGAAGGGUUUCUUGCCCCUUAUAGAGGAAGUCGAUAUCAUCUUAGUGAGUGGAGACAUAGACGUGUUCCAACAAAUCCCAGAGAACUGUAUAACAAGCGACAUGCUCAAGCUAGAAAUGUGAUAGAAAGAACAUUUGGAUUGUUGAAGAUGCGUUGGGCCAUUCUUAGAAGUCCUAGUUAUUAUCCGGUUAAAACUCAUAACCGAAUAAUUAUUGCCUGCUGCUUAUUGCACAAUUUUAUUAGAAGAGAAAUGUCCAUAGAUCCAUUAGAAACAGAGUUGGAGAACAUGCCUAUCAAUGAAGAGGUAGACGAACAUCCAGGUGACAACAUUGAAACUAUUGAACCAAGUGCAGCUUGGACUGCAUGGAGAGACACUCUAGCAAAUGAAAUGUAUAAUGAUUGGGUUAAUCACUGAGGUCACUUGUAAUGAUUUUGUGUCUCUUGAGUUUGUUUGUGACACCUUGAAGUGAUGAUGUUUUUAUUGAAUUUUAAAAUAUUAUGUUUGAUGGUGUUUUCAUUGGAUUUGCUAUGGGUUAUAUAUAAAAUUUCGUGCAGAUUUUUAUUGCUA